UCGGCCAUCUUCGGCCGGGCCCGGCCUAGUGGCGGUCCUGCGGGCGAGCGGCGGGCUGCAGGAGGGAGGGCGACCCUGGUCCGGCCCAGAGACCUACAGACCGUCCCCUGCCCUUCUUCCUCCCGACAAAUCAUCUCCAUGUGCAUCAUCUUCUUCAAGUUUGACCCCCGUCCCCCCUCCAAAACCGCUUACAGGCUCAUCCUAGCAGCCAACCGAGAUGAAUACUACCACCGGCCGGCCAGGCGGGCGGACUUUUGGGGGAGCGACAGUGAGAUCCUCAGCGGUCUCGACAUGGAGGAGGGCAAGCAGGGGGGCACCUGGCUGGGCAUCAGCAAGAAGGGGAAGAUGGCAGCCCUGACCAACUACUUGCAGCCGCAGCUCGCCCAGGAUGUCAAGGGUAGAGGCGAGCUGGUGACAAACUUUCUGACCUCCGACCUGGACAGCCUCUCCUACCUGAAGAAAGUCUCCUCGGAAGGACACCUGUACAACGGGUUCAAUUUAAUAGCGGCCGAUUUCAACACCGCCCGGGGAGACGUCGUCUACUACUACGGAAACCGUGGAGACCCAGAGCCCCUGCAGCUUCACCCCGGAGUCUACGGGCUGAGCAACUCCCUGCUGGACACCCCCUGGCAGAAGCUGCAGUUCGGGAAACGUCUCUUCCUCCAAGCGGUCGGGCGGGGCCAAGACCUGCCCAAGGAAGACCUCAUCGCCGAACUCCUCGCCGUCCUCAACAACCAAGAAGCGCAGCUCCCGGACACCCUGCUAGAGGAGCAGGGGCGAGGCCACGUCGAGCACAUCCUGAGCCAGUACGCUUCCGUGUGCGUCCGCUGCCCGGGCUACGGGACUCGGACCAACAGCGUCUUACUGGUGGAUGCGGAGGGCAGAGUGACCUUCACGGAGCGCGCGAUGGUCGGUGAGGACGUGGACUGCUGGGAGACCAACAGCUUCCAGUUCAGCCUGCGGCCCUGACGCCGGAGGGGGCGGCCCGCCUGGGCCCCCCGGGAGGCCCGCGGGUGAGCCAGCCGCCCUCACGCUCACCCCCGGCCCCCAACCAAGAAGCAGGGAAAGCCGGGGCGCCGCCCUGAACUGUCCCAAAGGACACGGGACCGUCCACCUCCCGGCAUCCCCGCGGUCCCCCAGCAUCCGGUGGGCAUCGUGCUGGACUCCCGGGGAGCACACAGGAGGCCGAGGCGGCCCCGGGGUCGGGGGCUGGCAGCGGGGGGGUGAGGGCAGGCUGCAGAGGGGGCGCCUGGGAUGGGGACCCCUGGGCUGUACCCCCCAACUGAAAGGGCGGGGAGAAUCCGGUUGCCCUGGCGCUCUGCCCGGGAACACAGAGCCCCGCCGGACGCCCGCCUCACCCCGGACCCCAAUCCGGCGUCGGCCCAGGAGCGUCCCGGGGGUGCAGGGAGGAAGCCAGUGCGGCCCAGGGGCACCGGGGGCCAAGGUGGACGAGAUCCCGGCCCACGUGGGACUGCUCCGGUGAUAACCAUCAUCAUCAUCAAUCGUAUUUAUCACCGGCACGGGGGCGACCGCUCCUCCAAACCCCUCAGCGGUUCCCAUCUCUCUCCGCGUCCCGUGGAAUCUCCUGACCUCCGGCUCCGUGGGCCUCGGUCACCUCUCCCCCGUAGCCCCACGAAGGACACGGGCCGUGCCUGGCUCCUGUCUGUGACUCCUUCCCGACGCUUAGUCCAGUGCUCUGCACACAGUAAGAACUUAAUAAAUAUUAUUACUACUGCAA